ACUUUUCAUUCCCUUUUUAAAAAAUUGGCCAAAUUUCGCACACAGGGAAAAAAAACCCCAAACCCCACCCAAUAACCUAGGCUUAGUCGUCCUCCUUCUCGCACCCCCAAUCAUUGUUGUUCGAAGGUUCAGGCGAAGGGAAUAAGCAGCGAUGUUGAAGUUCCUAUCUAAAGUGAAGAUCGAAUUCAAUGCUCUCGAUCCACGUUUAGCGUGUUGUAUGGAAUUCUUGGCGCAGUGUAAUGCUACCAAGUCGAAGGAAUCCAACCCCGCUUGCCAGUUGAUCGUCAAGCGCCGAACAGACGACCACCCUCCCCAGAUCGCCGUCACCUUCGUCAAUGGAGUCGAAGAGGUUUUUGACGCUACCUCUAUUUCUGCUCAAACAAUCAGGAAUAUGAUUCUUGAAAAGGGUCAGCUCCUUGAGACCGAGCAAAUGUUCCGAGAAGCUGGGGAAGCUUGGCCCGUUAUCAUUCCCGAGGAGGAGCUCAAACAACCCCUUACCAGUAUCAAGCCUAGAAAAGCGGAAGACAAUUGAGGUUUAGGGAUUGGAAAGAGGCGUGGCAUCUAGUUUCAUAACCUUAGGCUGUCAACAACAGAAUCAGUUUCCAUGGAUUAGCAAGAGCGCUGAUCCUCAGAUGUUUUCUGUUUUAAAUUUCAUAGGGAUGCCUCCAAGUCUUGUCUUCUUAGAAUUCCGCGUUGGGCUCUAAAUAUGAUAUGUGGAUGCUGUUGGUUUUCAUAAGCAAUUUAUCUGUGGGAACUCGUUACCAAUACAUGCUUUAUAAGAAAUUUCAAAUUGGAACUGCUA